AUAAACCAAAGGAGCUCCGGCUCCAAUAAAAGUUUAUAACAUUCCUAUAUAUCUUCUCUCCGUAAAAUUAAAUUGUAUAGUUUGAUUUUCGCUUCUUGAUUGUAGAGAGGAGAAACUAAAAACCGAAAAAAAAAGGGGAAAAAAAAUGGCGAAGAAGGUCCUACUGGGGGCCGUCUCGGCGGUACUAUUAGUGGCCGCGGUGGUUGGCGUGGUUGCCGUCACCGUGCGCUCGACCCACCGUGCCGGGGACAACUUUUCUGCCCCUGGCGGCGAUCUCGUCACUUCGUCGAAGUCCAUCACAGCCUUGUGCGCGCCGACCCUCUACCGUGAGUCCUGCGAGCGUACGCUCUCCGUGGCGGUGAACAACACGGCCGACCCCGGCCAGGUCAUCAAGGCCGCCGUCCAACUGGCUCUCGACGAGGUGCAAGCCGUCGCCCAGAAGUCCGGCGAUAUCGGGAAAGGCUCCGACGACUCCCUGACGAAGGGGGCGGUCGAGGACUGCAAGAAGCUCCUUGGCGACUCCCUCGACGAGCUUCGGGCCAUCGUCAAUCUAGCGGGCGACUUUCAAGGGCUGCUGAACAGGUCGGAUGACGUGAAGCACUGGCUCACCGCGUCGAUGACCUUCUUGGACAACUGCGUCGACGGGUUCCACAACCCCGAGCUCAAAUCGGCGAUGGACAACGCCCUCCGCAACGCCACGCAGCUCAGCAGCAACGCCCUCGCGAUCAUCACGAGCCUCGGGUCGGUGGUGAAGGGCCUCGACCUCUCGCUGGUCAAGAGCAGCACCGACUCUCGGCGCCGGCUUCUGGCUCACGAGGAGGAAGCGUACGAGAGGGACGAGCAAGGGUAUCCGACAUGGCUGUCGGCGGGCGAUCGGAAGCUGCUGGCGUCGCGCAACAACGUCGGCCUGAGGCCGAAUGUGGUCGUCGCGCAAGACGGGAGCGGAGACUUCAAGACCAUCAACGACGCCAUUAAAGCCAUCCCCAAGGUAUACAAGGGUCGGUAUGUGAUCUAUGUGAAGGCCGGCGUCUACCAGGAGUAUGUAGUCAUCCCCAAGGACAAGGGCAACGUCUACAUGUACGGCGAUGGGCCUAAGAAGACCAAGGUCGUCGGACACAAAAGCUACGCCGAUGGAAUUACCACCAUGCUUACGGCCACUUUCGCGAUUGACGCGCCGGGCUUCAUCUGCAAGUCCAUGGGGUUCAGCAACACGGCGGGAGCGGAGAAGCACCAGGCGGUGGCGCUCCGAAGCCAGGGCGAGUUCUCCGCAUUCUUCAACUGCAGGUUCGACGGGUACCAGGACACGCUGUACUCGCAAGCGCAUCGUCACUUCUUCCGCAACUGCGUCAUCUCGGGGACCAUCGACUUCAUCUUCGGCAACUCCGCGGUCGUCCUCCAGAACUGCCUCAUCAUCGUGCGGCGGCCCAUGGACAACCAGCAGAACACGGUGACCGCCCACGGGCGCACAGACCCUAAGAUGACGAGCGGCAUCGUGAUCCAGAAUUGCCGCAUCGUGCCAGAUCGCCGCCUUUUCCCUGACCGCUUCACGAUCCCCAGCUACCUCGGCAGGCCUUGGAAGAUACACUCGAGGACGGUCGUCAUGGAAUCGGUGAUCGGCGAUCUCAUCCGUCCGGAAGGGUGGAUGCCAUGGGACGGCACCCUCGGACUCAAUACCAUCUACUACGCCGAGUACGGGAACCGCGGGCCCGGGGCCGGAACCAGCGGCAGAGUGAAGUGGGGCGGCUAUCACGUGAUCGGACGGCAGGAGGCUGCGCAGUUCACGGCGGGCCCGUUCAUCAACGGGAACUUGUGGCUCAAGUAUACCGGGACACCUCACAUUCUCGGAUUCAAACACUAGUUAAAACGUGCGUUGGUGCGUACGUGCAUGCAUGCAUGGAGGGAUCAAUUCCUGCGGUGGACGCAGAAAUGGUACUUUAGGGACAGCAAUGAGAGAGAGAGAUGGGAUUGUCGAUCGAGUUGUUAUAUUUUUAAUCUUUUAAUUAUUAAUGACUUAAACAUUAUGGAGAGAGCUUUUUUUGGAUUUCAAUUAUAAAGGCAUGCAUUAAUUGGUAAAGAAUGUUUGGAUAUAUAU